AUUUUUUUUUAUCCUUUCGAUAAAACUGAAAUAUUAUAAGCAUCACAAGAAAUUGGAUUAUCAGCUUUUUUGUUGCGUUCACGUUAAGCUGUCAGAAUCUUAGAGAUUACAAAAGCACAAACAUUGGUCGGUCUUCCUUUCGUUUCUCGUUUUUUGCUUUUCCAAGCCUUCUUGUUGCAAAUUUUCCCGUAAAAUCUCUGAUAACUGCUUGCUCUAUCAACAAUUUGUGUUCCCAGAUAAGUUUCCUGCCAAAGAAGAAAUCUUUCUCGCUCAUUUUCUUUUUUGUUCAAGCAAUAUUUCUAAUCUUUAACUUGGUGUCCUUUGUUGUUCUCUGAAUUGGGGUUUGUUAUUUCUUUGGAUGAGCAAUAAUAAAUCCUGAUUUGGAGAGGUAGACCACGCCAUUACUUUGUAUUUCUGUUGUUUUAUUCUCUGUUUUUCUUCAUUUUUAUAUUCUUGGUGUGGUAUGCUUAAUAUAAAAUAACCCAAUUGAAGAAAGAUAGGUUUUUUUUUUUUUUCUUUUGAACAUAGUUUGUAGAAAUUGGCACUGGAUUGGAGGUUACAUUUGAAUUUGGUACAUGGGUUUUGUUAUAUAGGAGCUCGGUAUUGAUGUACUGAUGUAAUUGUAUUCUAUUUGUUAUAUAUGUAAUCUUGGACGGGCUCGUGUGUAUAUUUGUUGUAGAGUAAAAUACUGGGGAACUAAUGCUUUGAAGAAUUAUAUGCAAUAGUGGUUGUUGGGUUACAGUUGUUUGUCUUGUCUGGGAACUCUGUUUCUAUCAUUGUGUCAUAAAUUGUAGAAGGGUCAAUAGUUUGUUCUACAUUUGGUUGUAUUUAUUGUGCUUGUGAUUGUUGAGUUCAUAAUGGGGAAGCAAAGUGGGAAGAAUAAGAAAGGGGUAGCCGAGCUGUCAGGGGAUAGUAAUAUGAAGCAAAAUAAAGUUAAGUUCAAUAGCUCUGAAGCCAGUGAUAAAGACAACGAGAUUUUCAUUUCCAUGUCUCAAAAAUUGAGGGAGGAAGGAAACAAGCACUUUCAGAAAAGGGAUUAUCAAGGAGCUCUAAUGAAGUAUGAGAAAGCCGUUAAAUUGCUUCCUAGGAAUCAUAUAGAUAUAUCCCAUCUUAGGAGUAACAUGGCAGCUUGUUAUAUGCAGAUGGGUCUAGGUGAAUAUCCUAGGGCCAUCCAUGAGUGUAAUUUGGCACUGGAGAUCACACCUAAGUAUAGUAAAGCACUGUUGAAGAGAGCAAGGUGUUACGAGGCUUUGAAUAGACUUGAUUUGGCUCUAAGAGAUGUUUGUAUGGUUUUGAACAUUGAACCAAAUAAUAUCAUGGCAAUUGAGGUCUCAGAAAGGGUGAAAAAAGCACUUGAGCAGAAAGGAUUACGGGUGAAUGAUACAGCGAUUGAACUGCCGCCAGAAUAUGUUGAACCUCCUAGCAUUUUAACAAAGACAAAAGCAGUGAAAGAGAAGACGAGGAAGAAGAAAACUAAAAACAUUAAUGAGAAGAAUGCCAUGGAAGAAAUUGAAGAAAAGAAGGUUGAUGGCCAAAUUGAGGAGAACCAGACUGAGGAUAAGGCGGUUGUGGAGAAGGAAAUUAGUUGUACAAAGGAAGAACCUAAGAAGAAUGUAAAAUUGGUAUUUGGGGAUGACAUAAGAUGGGCUCAGUUGCCUCUUAAUUGCAGCCUUGUGCAACUCAAGGAAGUCAUAUCUGAUCGAUACCCAGGCUCAGGAUCAGUUCUUAUCAAAUAUAGGGAUCAAGAAGGCGAUUUGAUAACAAUAACCACUGAUGAAGAACUGAAAUGGGCUGAAGCGUCAGCUGAAUCUAAUGCCUCCAUUAGAUUGUAUUUAGUCAAGGUCGAUUCUCAGAAAGAUCUAUUCUUUGAGAAACCUGCGGGUGAGCGAGAGUUGCACAAACUGGAUAGUGAACAAAAUUUUGUGACAGAUAAUGGGAAUGUUGAAAAAGCUAAGGAAGUAGAAAAUGGAUCUUGUUAUAUUGAUGAAUGGAUAGUAGAGUUUGCUAAGCUGUUCAAGGACCAUGUGGGCUUUGAUUCUGAUGCAUAUCUGGGUCUUCAUGAACUUGGUGUUAAGGUAUAUUCUGAGGCUAUGGAGGAGACAGUUACGAGUGAAGAAGCACAAAACCUUUUUAUCACAGCAGCAGCAAAGUUCCAAGAGAUGGCAGCUUUGGCAUUGUUCAACUGGGGUAAUGUUCAUAUGUCUAGGGCAAGGAAGAGGGUUUACUUAACCGAAGAUGCUUCAAGAGAAUCAGUGCUUGAACAAAUCAAAACUACAUAUGAUUGGGCACAAAAGGAAUAUAGAGAAGCAGGACAGAAAUAUGAAGCAGCAUUGAGAAUCAAAUCAGAUUUCUAUGAAGGUCUUCUAGCCCUUGCGCAGCAGCAGUUUGAGCAAGCAAAACUUUCUUGGUAUUAUGCAAUUGGCAACAACAUUGACUUAGAAUCAUGGUCUCCUGAAGAAGUUGUACAACUUUAUAACAGUGCUGAGAAUAACAUAGAAAAAGGCCUGAAGAUGUGGGAAGAAUUGGAAGCACCAGGCCAAAGUAAACUUUCCAAGUCACUUAAGAUUAAACCUCAAUCAAAGAAUAUGGGGUUGGAUGGACUAUUUAAAGAUUUAUCACCUGAAGAAGCUGUUGAGCAGGCUAAGAACUUGAGGUCACAUAUUAAUCUCCUAUGGGGCACCAUACUGUAUGAGAGAUCGAUUAUGGAAUUCAAAUUAGGGUUACCAGUGUGGCAUGAAUGUCUGGAAGCUGCAGUUGAGAAGUUUGAGCUUGCUGGAGCUUCCCCGACAGAUAUGGCUGUGAUGAUAAAAAACCACAUUUCAAAUGAUAAUGCGCUAGAAGGUCUAGGAUUUAGAAUUGAUGAAAUUGUACAGGCCUGGAAUGAGAUGUAUGAAGCCAAAAAGUACCAAAGUGGGGUUCCCUCAUUCAGGCUAGAACCAUUACUUCGGCGGCGAGUUUCAAAACUUUAUCAUGCUUUGGAGCUUACAUGAGGUGCAUGCUUUAGAACUUCGAUAUCAUGCCUGCAUACUUCAACUACCACUGAUGAUACUCUUGCAUGUUAAGGUACAUCUACAAAAGUAUCUUUCAAUUCAUCUUUUGAGAUCCAGUUUCAGUCAUGUACCUUUAGCAGUUGCUCUGGAAUUCCACUGUGCAUUGUUUUUACAAAAUAGGUUCUUUUAUUUAUUUUACUUGAUGGGGACAAGAUGGAAGUAGCAGGAUUUCCUUUUUUUGUUCUUUGCUGCCUUCACUUGCAACUUCUCCAUGCUGUUUAGUCUAACAGUCAACAGGUCACGUGAUAUUUGCAUUCAUAAUUCAUUUGUUAAGUAGCUGCAAUAAUACAUAGCUUGGUUAUCAUCUUAAAAAUUUGUAAUUUGUAAUUUGUAAUUUUGAGUUUGAUUGCAACCUUUGUAUUUGCUGCUAGUGAUGUUUUUUAGUGUGAGAAAAUUUACAUUAUUGACUUAUUUUUACCA